AUGAGAGCGAUUUUCGGUGCCGAAUAUCGCUAUAACUUAAGUGUAAAUAUCUUAAAGCUUAGUGAAACAGGAAGGUUGUUUGAACUAAAAAAUAGAUGGUGGAAGAAUAAGACCUUGACUUGCAAUAACAAAGGGGCUGGAGAUAACGCAGACUUGGGAUUCCAGGAAGUCCGCGGCAUAUUUUAUACUCUUUUCCUUGGACUAUUCACUGCAUUUUGUUUCGGAAUCUGCGAGUGUUUGGUGCACACUCAUGAAAGAGCUUGUGAGGAAAAGCUGCGCUUCAAGGAGGUAUUUGUGAAUGAAAUGCGUUUUGUUCUGCGAAUUUGGAAUAACAGAAAACCUGUUAGUUGCACCCCCACAGCCAGUCUUUCAGCCUCAUCACGCCGCUCGUCAAACCAAACAAUAAAGUCAUUAAGAAAAAAGAAGUCACAUGAAUCCUGUGCUAUGUCGGAAGAUUUGCGUCAUAUGGCAGCAAUCAAAGGAAAAAGGAAUGGUUCAAUUGUUAAUGAAGCUAAGGUAUAAAAAAGUGCGGUUAUCGGGUGCGAUCGCCCCCUUCAGGACUAAAGAAAGUAAGAUUUCGAAUAAAAUAACUUAGCUCAAACGAGACAUUUGAAAACUAAUUUUGUAAAAAGUUGUAAGAAGUUUGUAAAAGUUGUAAAAAGUUAAGAUCAAAAGAAAUUUUCAAUCACAAUUCUUUUUUUAGACUUGUACAAGAUUAUUUGUAAUUAUCAAGAGACCAUGUUAAUAUUUUCGCCAACGUAAAAUUCUGCAAUAAUUGAUUAACAAUAUUAUCUGCAUUCAGGUCGCACUUCAAGCGACUACAGAACCAAGUGUUUCAAUCCUUAGAUAAGAUAAGAUAGAUAGAUAAUAAAAGUGACACUGAAAGGACUAUAGAAAGAUUCGCAAAAAAGAUAAUAGCAUAAUCGAAAUUCUGAAUGAUUUGCUAAGAUAAUUCCAUAUUUCAUUCGACAAACAUUGUAAAUAAGAAAUUCAGUCGUAUUUUUGCAUAAAUAUUGCUUUAAUAAACACACACGGAGCUUUUGAACGAAAUUAAGAUUCAAUUUAAAACUACAAGGAUUGAAAUUUUCCAUAGUUUUGAAAACACUUAAA